AUGGAAUCAAUCCAGCCACAAGAGCUCGAAAAACCUUUUGGUAGUGAGGAAAUGGAAUCACAAAAAGAGUAUGGCAUGAAUUUUGAUGAGAAGAAAAAAAAUAGAGAGGUUGAUACAUUCAGAAUUGUAGUGGCGUGGAUACACUUCAACAAGGACAUGAACAAGCGAGAUUUGAUGACAGAUGAUCUCAAAUCAGACGAUACGUGCAAAUGGUUGACGGAGCCAGUCGGUUAG